UAAAAGACAAUAAAAGUACAAAAAAGUACAAUUGAGAGUACCUCCACAGUAACAAGGAAAAAAUUAAUAGUAUAGGACCAUUUUACUUCUAAGUGUAGUGUUCUAUAUAGAACCUCUUCGUUAGUGUACUUUGAAUGACUCUUUCAUAAACUUAGAGGAUGGACUGCCAUCUAGAGGACUAGUUACAGAUAAUUCACUUCCAAACUGCAGGAGCUUAAUAAUUCUAGCCGGAUAUUACCUCAUCGGAGGGGGUAAAAAAAAAAUAUAUAUCAAAAAACAAAACUAAAAAAACACCCAAACAAACAAACAAACAAAACAAAAAAAACACAAAAAACAAUAAACCACUGCCCAAUGUUAUACCUGAUAGAAAAGAUCUGACCAAUCAAAUACAAUUAUAUAUGUCAUGAGACUGUGACAUUCAGCGAUCAUGUAACAUGGUAUAAGCAGUACAGACUAUUUUUAACUUGACCCUCAGUCCUGCAGAUGGUAAGCACUGUGGAGAGUUCGGUUAGUUAACAUUUUUUAAGGAACUGCAGAGAAUCAUUUGUCACAGAGGCACAGAUGAGCAGAUAUAGGAGGUCAACGGCAGCAUCAGGCAAGGGGCUACACAGGCACUGUGAGAGCUGCCACAGAAAAUAUUGCAACGCUCCCAUAGAGAUCUCUGUGUCAUGCAUGAUCAUCAACUGCCGCUUACUGUGUGGUGCCUCCUUUCACAUGUGCAAAGAGGAAGAACACAUACUGCUAUGUCCUAAUGAGAAGGUGCCCUGCAUCAACGCCAGCAAUGGCUGCCCUUUCACCAUGUGUCGCUCGAAGCUGGCCAAACACCUGAAAGUAUGUCCUGCUAGCGUGUUGGUCUGCUCAAUGGAGUGGAACCGUUGGCCCACUGAGGACAUAAAGGCACCUUUAUUUAGCAACCUCAUGAAGAACAUCCAUGAGCAUCAAGCUCUGGACCUGUCCAUGGCUCUCAGAGAUCAGAAGCAACUAUGCAGAAGGCUGAAAAUGAGAAGCUUCUUUCCUCAUUUGACAGAGGAACCAGAUGAACCUAUUCCAAUAGAAGCAGAAGAUGAGGCAGCAGGGGGUGACUUUUUGGUUAAUGGAAACCAUGUGAAUUGCAUGGGAGGUAAGGCCUCAAUAAAUGGUCCUUUUAACAUCCAGGUGGAGGAGUCUGUUGAGGAAGAUCUCACUGUGGACAAAGAGAAAUACGACCUAUACGAGAAGAUGUUUAGCAAGGAAAGAGGAGGCUGCAAGCAGGCUCAGGAAGAAGAAUCAAAAACAGGAGUUCAAAAAGACAAGAAUGAACCAACUAAAGGUUCGAUUAACCCAUCUAUCCCUAAUCAACAAGGAACUGUUAAAGCAACAGUGGAAGAUAGACAUGGAGCAGAGUCUGUCCAAUCAGACAUCUCUAAAACUGGCUUUGCUCCUUGGCAAGAAGGAGUUCUGGAAAGACUUAGUCAAGAAGUAAAUCCAAGAGAGUACAACAUGUAUUUAGUACACCAUGGACGCAUGCUGAUCUCCUUUGGCCAGAUUAAAGCUUGCACUCCCAGAGAGAAAGAUUUUGUUUACGGAAACCUGGAACCAAUACCAGUUCAAACCCUUCAUACUUUUAAUGUUCCCAUCAGUUACAGGCACAAACGCAUCCAUCAGAAAGAUUCUGCUGCCCGAGUGCGCACUGAGCACAAGAGCGUGGACACCUCUGAUUUGGGUUUAUCUACAGAGGAGGUCACUCAUAAGAUGGAUGAGAUGUUUGCAACUUUGCUAUGUGCUGCUGAACUGGAGAUUAGAGGACACAAGAUCAGUGAAUCUGUGGCCACAGAUGGACUUUAUAUUGAUAUUGCAACUCAGACAUAUGACUUUCUCACAGCUCCAUUUGAGUACAAUGCCACUCUGGCUGAUAUUACAGAGGACAGGGAUUUAAAACUUUAUCUCCAGAUUGAUACAGAGAGCGUGACACUUAGACACAACAAAUCCACUUCGGCGUUCACAUUUAUGUGUGAACAUUUCUUCAGAAGGGAUGAGUUUGCAUCUCACUUUAAAAACGUCCACUCAGAUAUCCAGUCUUGUUUGGAUGGCUGGUUUGAGCAGAGAUGUCCUCUGGCUUAUCUGGGCUGCACCUUCAUCCAGAACCGACUCCAGCCCUCCACUCACAGAGCUACAGUCUGCUUUAACAAGGACCUCAGCAUCUUCACACUCAGACCUGAUAUUGCCACAUCACUCAUUGCUGAUUCCCAAACGCAAGUUGGAUAUGAGGAUUCUCUCAGUAAUCUUCCUUUUGAGGUGCUGCGUCAGAUCGCCAGGUACCUGGAUAGCUUCUCUCUUUCCCAGCUGGCUCUGGUGUCCCGACUUUUCCGAGAUGUUAGUGCCACGUUCCUGCACGAGAGAGGAAUGGUCAGCUUGAAGUGGAGGAAAAAACUAUACUCUCAUGGUCAAGCCAAGUGGAAAUCAUCUGUCGUUUGGGAGUUCAGCAGUCUGUUCAGCAAAGUGGACACUUGGUGUAUUGGUGACACACUUUCCAUGGCUGAGCACCUUAAACAUUGUCCAUUUUACCAAACAGAACCCAAAACCAAGCCUUUUCCACUGGCCAGCUUAUGGAAAAAAAAUGAAGAUUCAAAGGAUCGGAAAAGUCUAGUCAGACAAUUUAUUGGGCGGAGCUAACAUUAACAUGAUUACUAGCUUGAUUGGGGCGCACGGUGGCUUAGUGGUUAGCACGUUUGCCUCACACCGCCAGGGUUGGUGGUUCAAUUCCCACCGCUGUGUGUGUGGACUUUGCAUGUUCUCCCCGUGCUGCGGGGGUUUCCUCUGGGUACUCCGGUUUCCUCCCCCAGUCCAAAGACAUGCAUGGUAGGCUGAUUGGCAUGUCCAAAGUGUCCAUAGUGUAUGAAUGGGUGUGUGAAUGUGUAUGUGAUUGUGCCCUGCGAUGGAUAGGCACCCU